AAUGCCUGUGAUGAAGGGAUUACUAGCACCGCAGAACACCUUUCUGGACACUAUAGCAACACGCUUUGAUGGCACUCACAGCAACUUCAUUCUGGCCAACGCUCAGGUGUCCAAGGGCUUCCCCAUCGUCUACUGCUCAGAUGGCUUCUGUGAGCUCACAGGCUUCUCCAGGGCCGAAGUCAUGCAACAGAGUUGCGUGUGUAAGUUUCUCUACGGCCCCGAGACCAGCGAAAGUAUCAUCAUCGGCAUCGACGAUGCCUUGGAGGGGCGCAAGGAGUUUAAGGACGAGAUCAUGUUUUACAGCAAGACAGCUGUGCUCUUCUGGUGCCUGUUGGACAUUGUACCAAUUAAGAACGAGAAGGGAGACGUGGUGCUCUUUCUGGCUUCAUUUAAGGACAUCACUGACAUUAAAGCCAAAACCAUUCAGGAGGACAAAAAGGAAGAGCGGCGGCGUGGCAGGAUCAAAACUGGCUCUCCUUUCAGCUCUGCUCGUAUGCGGAGCAGCACCGUGCUGUACCACGUCUCUGGGCACCUCCACAGCAGAGAGAAGAGCAAAAUUAAGCUCAACAAGAAUGUAUUUGGCGACCCUCCCGCCUUGCCAGAGUACAAGGUAGCAGACGCCAAAACGUCCAAAUUCAUCCUCCUGCAUUACAGCACGUGCAAGGCCGGCUGGGACUGGUUGAUCCUGCUCGCCACGUUCUACGUGGCCGUGACCGUGCCGUACAACGUGUGCUUCAUCGGCGACGACGACGACCUCACUCGCAGCACGACCGUCAGUGACAUCGCCGUGGAGAUUCUCUUUAUCCUGGAUAUUGUUUUCAAUUUCCGCACCACCUACGUCAGCAAGUCAGGCCAAGUGAUCUUUGACGCUCGGCAGAUUUGCUUUCACUACCUGACCACCUGGUUCAUCAUCGACCUGGUGGCCGCCUUGCCCUUUGACCUGCUCUAUGCCUUCAAAGUCAGCGUGGUGUCUGUGGUGCACUUGUUGAAAACGGUGCGCCUGCUGCGUUUGCUUCGCCUCCUCCAGAAAAUGGACCGCUACUCGCAGCACAGCACCGUGGUUCUGACCCUGCUCAUGUCCAUGUUCGCCUUGCUGGCCCACUGGAUGGCCUGCAUCUGGUACAUCAUCGGUAAAAUGGAAAUGGAGGCCAACGCCUACAACUGGGAUAUUGGAUGGCUGCACGAGCUGGCAAAGCGUCUGGAGUCGCCGUACUACCCCGUCGGCAGCGUGAACAACGCCACCAGCGGCCCCCCCAUCCGCAGCGUCUACGUCGCAUCUCUCUAUUUCACGCUCAGCAGCCUCACCAGCGUAGGCUUCGGCAACGUGUCGGCCAACACUGACGUUGAGAAGAUCUUUUCCAUUUGCGUCAUGCUUAUAGGAGCUCUGAUGCACGCAUUGGUCUUUGGCAAUGUGACAGCCAUAAUCCAGAGGAUGUACUCCCGCUGGUCCCAGUACCAUACCAGGACCAAAGACCUCAAGGACUUCAUCCGAGUUCAUCAUCUGCCGCGCAGCCUGAAGCAGCGAAUGUUGGAGUAUUUUCAGACAACCUGGUCAGUCAACAACGGCAUCGACUGUAAUGAGCUGCUAAAGGACUUCCCGGAUGAGCUACGCUCUGACAUCACCAUGCACCUUAACAAGGAGAUCCUGGAGCUGUCCCUGUUCGCCUCCGCCAGCCGGGGCUGUCUGCGCUCACUGUCGCUGCACAUCAAGACCACCUUCUGCGCUCCCGGAGAGUACCUCCUCCGAGAGGGCGAUGCUCUGCAGGCCAUCUUCUUUGUGUGCUCUGGGAGCAUGGAGGUCCUGAAAGAUGGCAUGGUGUUGGCAAUUCUUGGUAAAGGGGACCUGAUCGGGGCAAACGUGUCCUUAGACGACCGAGUGAUAAAAACCAACGCGGACGUGAAAGCGCUGACCUACUGCGACCUGCAGUGUAUCAACUUGAAGGGUCUGUAUGAGGUGCUGGACCUCUACCCGGAAUACUCGCAUCACUUUGUGCAGGACAUCCAGCAGGAUCUCACCUACAACCUGAGGGAGGGACAAGAAACACAUGUGAAGGCCAGACUGUCCACAGCAGCGCAUGAUCCUCAGUCAGGUGUGAAAAGGAACGGCCGACUUGCUCAGGGUUGCGCGCCUCUCGCCGAGGCCCAGGGGGGGACAUGACAAGGACAGGAGGGAGGAUGAUGAUUGUCUGUCAUCGGAGCAGAACAGAGCAGUGACCCUCAG